AUGACCUUGGGGCUCUGCAUCGCCCUGUGCCUGUGGGGCACCGUGGCCCAGAAUCAUGGCGUACGAGAUAUUAACGAGUGUCUGGGGCCGAGCCCGCCAGACUGUGGACCCAACGCACACUGCAUAAACGUGCCUGGGAGUUACUACUGCACCUGCAGUGAUGGCUACGAGCCCAGCUCUGGGAAAGCCAAAUUCAGGGACAUGAGGGAGAACAGGUGCCGGGUUUUUGAGUGCCAGGGACACGCAAGCUGCAUCAAUGUGCCUAGGAAUUACUUCUGCAAAUGCAUCGAUGGCUAUGGGAAAGACAAGUUCAUGCACGCGAGGGAGAACAGCUGCCGGGAUAUUGACGAGUGUCAGGGCCCGAGCCCGGCAGACUGUGGAUCCCACGCACACUGCACCAACGUGCCCGGGAGUUACUACUGCACCUGCAUUGAUGGCUACAAGCCCAGCUCUGGGAAAGCCAAGUUCACACACACGAGUGAGAACAGCUGCCAGGAUAUUGAGGAGUGUCAGGGCCCGAGCCCGGCAGACUGCGGACCCCACGCAAACUGCACCAACGUGCCCGGGAGUUACCACUGCACCUGCAUCGUUGGCUACGAGCCCAGCUCUGGGAAAGCCAAGUUCACGCACGCGAGUCAGAACAGCUGCCAGGAUAUUGACGAGUGUCAGGGCCCGAGCCCGGCAGACUGUGGACCCCACGCAAACUGUACCAACGUGCCUGGGAGUUACUACUGCACCUGCAUCGAUGGCUACGAGCCCAGCUCUGGGAAAGCGAAGUUCAUGCACGCGAGUGAGAACAGCUGCCAGGAUAUUGACGAGUGUCUGGGCCCGAGCCCGCCAGACUGCGGACCCCACGCAAACUGCACCAAUAUUUCUGGGAAUUACUCCUGCAGCUGCACCAAUGGCUACGAGCCCAGCACUGGGAAAACCAAGUUCACCCAGACGAGUGAGAACAGCUGCCAGGAUAUUGACGAGUGUCUGGGCCUGAGCCCGGCAGACUGCGGACCCCACGCAAACUGCACCAACGUGCCUCGGAGUUACUACUGCACCUGCAUCGCUGGCUACGAGCCCAGCUCUGGGAAAGCCAAUUUCACGCACGCGAGUGAGAACAGCUGCCAGGAUAUUGAUGAGUGUCAGGGCCCGAGCCCGGCAGACUGCGGACCACACACAAACUGCGCCAACGUGCCCGGGAGUUACUACUGCACCUGCAUCGUUGGCUACGAGCCCAGCUCUGGGAAAGCCAAGUUCACCCACGCGAAUGAGAACAGCUGCCAGGAUAUUAACGAGUGUCAGGGCCCGAUCCCGGCAGACUGCGGACCCCACGCAAACUGCACCAACGUGCCUGGGAGUUACUACUGCACCUGCAUCGAUGGCUAUGAGCCCAGCUCUGGGAAAGCCAAUUUCACGCACGCGAGUGAGAACAGCUGCCAGGGGUGGGGGAUUCUCAAGUGGCCGAUCCCUGCCAGAGCAGCCUAG